UCUCAUGAACUUCUCCCGUCUAAACGAGGCUUUAAAUUAGCCUCGCUAAAUAUUAAUAGUCUAUCUGCACACAUUGACGAACUACGAAUUUUGCUUUCCGGCAGACCUAUCGAUAUCUUAGCCAUAAACGAAACUAAAUUGGAUGACACAAUAAGCGAUAAUGAAAUUCAUAUUUCUGGCUAUGAAUCUAUUCGUAGCGAUCGCUCUACCAACGGUAGGUCUGGAGGGGGUGUUUGUUUUUUUAUUCGUUCCGAAAUCAAUUAUUCUGUUCGCUCUGACCUAAUGUGUGAACACUUGGAAAGAGUCUGACUGUCGAAAUCAAGAAACCCAGAUCAAGGCCUUUUGCCGUUAUGACCUGGUAUAGACCCCCUGAUUCUUCUAUUGAUCUUUUUAAACCAUUUGAAGAACUUAUUGGAAAACUAGACUCUGAAAAUAUCGAAUAUUACGUCUUAGGAGAUCUGAAUUGUAAUAUGGCCGCGCCUAAGUUUGACAACAGUACAAAUAUCUUAUCUAAUAUUGCUGAAGUUUACGGCCUUGAUCAGUUAAUAACCGAAUAUACUAGAAUUACCGACAAAUCAUCUACUCUAAUUGAUCUAAUUUUUACAAAUACUCCAGAUAGGGUCGUCUGUUCAGGGGUCUCACAUAUAGGCAUCAGCGACAACAGUUUAGUUUACGCCUUUCGUAAAGUUUCUAUAGAAUCGACAACGUAAAAGCAUACUACCCUGAGAUAUAGGAAAUUUAAGAAUUUUAACUCUGAUCACUUUCGCAACGAUAUAUGUCAACAGGAUUGGAGUAACAUCGAAAAUUAUUCUGAUCCUAAUUUAAUGUGGGCUGCAUGGAAACAACUAUUCCUGGAAUGCGUAAACAAGCAUGCCCCACUUCAUGUAAAACGGGCUCGCGCCUCAAAGUCACCUUGGAUCACACCUUACUUAAAGAAACCAAUGCAUGACAGAGAUAUUCUUAAAUUGAAAGCAUCGCGUUCUAAGGAUGCUAAUGACUGGCUACAAUUUAAAAAAUGUCGCAACCUAGUUAAUAACGAAAUUAAAAAAGCAAAAGAGCUCUAUUAUAAAAGGGUAUUAGAUGAAAACGAAGGCAAUUCGCGCCAGACCUGGAAGAUUGUAAAUGAGCUCACGUCAAGGAAAACUAAUAAUUGUUGCAUAAAAGAAAUCAAAAGCAACGGUAACUCUAUUUACGGCCCUCCUGAGCUGGCCGAUGCCUUCAACGAUCACUUUUCUUCUAUUGGACCCAAGCUUGCUAGCCAGAUUUAUUCUAAUAAAGGUCCAUCACACCUACAUUACCUUGAGGGAACUGACAAACGUUUGGAGUUAAAAUGUACUAAUCCUUCUAGAGUGUUCUCGCUUUUGUCUAAGCUUUGUAAAUCGAAAGCCACAGGCCUAGAUAUGAUAUCUGCGCGACUUCUUAGGGAAUGCGCCGAUCUGAUUGCUGAUCCUAUUUUUAAUCAGUCCAUCAGAUCAGGUAUUUUCCCUCAGGAAUGGAAAUGCGCAAAAGUUACUCCACUUUUCAAAGAGGGAAAUCACUCCGACUUAAACAAUUAUCGCCCAAUUUCUAUCGUCCCUAUAGUAGCUAAGGUGUUUGAGCGUAUCAUCUACGACCAGGUUUACGGUUAUCUUACUGAAAACAAUUUGAUUUCCAGCCAACAAUCUGGUUUUCGUUCGCUCCACUCAACUGUUACUGCCUUGUUGGAGGCCACUAACGAUUGGGCCUUCAACGUUGAUAAAGGCAGUGUAAAUGCAGUAGUUUUCCUCGACCUAAAAAAAGCUUUCGAUACCGUUGACCAUACAAUUCUUCUGUCUAAAUUAUUCGAAUAUGGUAUCCGCGGUAACGCUUAUGAAUGGUUUAGGUCAUACCUAGAUAAUCGCAAUCAACAGUGUUUCGUAAAUGAUUCGCUCUCAAAUAGUCAAAUUCUCACUUGUGGCAUUCCGCAAGGAACAAUUCUAGGACCUUUGCGUUUUAUUUUAUACAUAAAUGAUCUUCCUAAUUGCCUGUCUAAUUCAGUUGCACGUAUGUAUGCCGACGAUACUCACCUGACCUUCGCUAGUAACAACAUAGAAACGAUCAAUGAUGUUAUGAAUCAAGACCUAUCCAAUGUUAAUACAUGGCUCACUGCAAACAAAUUGACUCUCAAUUCAUCUAAAACUGAGUUCAUGUUAAUUGGAUCGCGGCAAAGGUUAGGUACUUACGAUACUUCCCCUAAACUAAUCAUAGGUGGUGACAUAAUUAAACAAGUUAGCUCGGUUAAAUCUCUGGGUGUGCAUAUAGACGAAAACCUUUCAUGGAAUAUGCACAUUGAAAAAAUAGCCAAUAAAAUCGCAUCGGGCAUUGGAGCAAUUAAACGUUGUAGGCCUUUUGUUAAUCGAACCACGCUGGAGUCCGUUUUCAAUGCCUUAGUUCAACCGUACUUUAAUUACUGCAGCGAGGUCUGGGGGCAUUGUAACAAAAGUCUUUCGAAUAAGCUCCAAAAGUUGCAAAACCGGGCUGCCCGUAUUCUAACCUUCUCCAAUUAUGACACAAGCGCUGAUCCUCUUCUUGAGCAACUCAACUGGAAACGGUUGGAUACUCAGCGACAAAUACAAGUGGCCACCAUGGUCUAUAAAUCUAUACAUGGUCUUGCGCCCGACUAUCUUGGUUCUCUUUUCACUAAAUAUAAUCCACCUUAUAAUUUCAGGAACUCUGAAAACAAACUAGCUGUUCCAUUGCCCCGCACCAAUUUCUUGAAAAAUAGCUUUAGCUAUAAUGGUGCGGUUAUCUGGAACAGCUUGUCCCCUGAAUUGCGGCAAGCAAAAUCACUUAAAUCUUUUCGAAAUGGUUGUCGCGAUUUCUUUGACUGA